GAGGCGCUAGGGUUUGCUUUUUCAUAUUCUCUGCUUCGUCGUUGCGGUUCGACUUCGUUGCUUCGCGGGAGGUAGAUUUUUGCACGUGUUGCUUCGGUUCCUUCGUUGCUGUUCGACUUCGCUCCUUCGACGACGUUCCCUUCCUGUGGGAUUGGAAGUCACGACAUUUUGAUCGGAAACAACGACGGGAGCUCGCUCGCUGUGAGGGACUUCUCCUUGAAAGAAAAUCAGGAAGAGGCGGUCUUAAACCCUUAUUAGCUGCGUUUGCUCCUUCUGGAUUGUUUUAUCAGCUGGUCCAAUAAUCGUUGCGGCAGCGGGAUAGAGGUCAGGCUUUCAUAUUGUGGAUCUGUUGAUUCCGGUGGGGCGAGAUGGCGGAUAGAUUGACUCGGAUCGCCAUCGUCAGUUCCGAUCGGUGUAAACCAAAAAAAUGCCGCCAGGAGUGCAAGAAGAGUUGUCCUGUGGUGAAAACAGGGAAACUUUGCAUAGAGGUCGUACCUUCCGCAAGAAUUGCUUUCAUUUCUGAAGAACUAUGCAUUGGAUGUGGUAUCUGUGUCAAGAAAUGUCCUUUUGAGGCAAUUCAAAUUAUUAAUCUACCAAAGGACCUUGACAAAGAUACAACUCAUCGUUACGGGCCAAACACAUUCAAGCUGCAUAGGCUACCAGUACCUAGACCUGGGCAAGUUCUGGGCCUUGUUGGAACAAAUGGUAUCGGGAAGUCUACUGCCCUUAAAGUGCUAGCUGGAAAAUUAAAACCCAAUUUGGGACGAUUUAAUAAUCCCCCUGAUUGGCAGGAAAUCUUGACAUACUUCCGUGGAUCUGAACUUCAGAAUUAUUUCACACGAAUUUUGGAAGACAACCUAAAGGCAAUUAUCAAACCACAAUAUGUUGAUCACAUUCCCAAAGCUGUCCAAGGAAAUGUUGGCCAGGUACUUGACCAGAAGGAUGAGAGAGAUAAGAAGGUGGAGUUGUGCAGAGACCUCGAGUUGAAUCAAGUCAUUGACCGCAAUGUCGGUGAUUUAUCUGGUGGAGAAUUGCAGAGGUUUGCUAUUGCUGUGGUUGCUGUGCAAAAUGCUGAGAUAUAUAUGUUUGAUGAGCCAUCCAGCUAUCUUGAUGUGAGGCAAAGGCUUAAAGCUGCACAAGUUAUUCGGUCUUUGCUCAGACCAAACAGCUAUGUGAUUGUCGUGGAGCAUGAUCUAAGCGUCUUGGAUUACUUGUCCGAUUUCAUUUGUUGCUUAUAUGGGAAGCCAGGAGCUUAUGGGGUUGUUACUUUACCCUUUUCUGUACGGGAAGGCAUCAACAUUUUCUUGGCUGGUUUUGUCCCUACUGAGAAUCUGCGCUUUAGGGACGAAUCACUUACUUUUAAGGUUGCCGAGACACCUCAGGAGAGUGCUGAGGAGAUUCAGACAUAUCAGCGUUAUAGGUAUCCCACUAUGAUUAAAGCUCAGGGUAAUUUCAAACUUUCUGUGAUGGAGGGUGAAUUUACAGACUCCCAGAUCAUUGUGAUGCUUGGGGAGAAUGGAACUGGGAAAACAACAUUUAUUCGCAUGCUGGCUGGAUUGCUGAAGCCUGACUCUGUUGAAGGUUCAGAUGUUGAAAUACCUGAAUUUAAUGUUUCAUAUAAGCCUCAAAAAAUCAGUCCCAAGUUUCAAUCUACUGUGAGACACUUGUUACAUCAAAAAAUUCGAGACUCAUAUAUGCAUCCUCAAUUUGUUUCUGAUGUUAUGAAACCAUUGCAAAUUGAGCAACUGAUGGACCAAGAAGUUAUGAAUCUGUCUGGUGGAGAGUUGCAAAGGGUUGCGUUGUGCCUAUGCCUUGGGAAGCCAGCGGACAUAUAUCUGAUUGAUGAGCCUAGUGCUUAUCUUGACUCCGAGCAGCGUAUUGUUGCAUCAAAGGUGAUAAAGAGGUUUAUUCUGCAUGCAAAGAAAACAGCUUUUGUUGUGGAGCAUGAUUUCAUAAUGGCAACUUAUCUCGCGGACAAAGUGAUUGUUUAUGAGGGAAAACCGUCUGUGGAUUGUAUUGCUAAUACUCCUCAGACAUUGGUAUCUGGGAUGAAUCGCUUCUUAUCUCAUCUUGAUAUUACAUUUAGACGAGAUCCGACUAAUUAUCGACCUCGCAUAAACAAGUUGGAUUCCACAAAAGAUAGGGAACAGAAAUCUGCAGGGUCUUAUUACUACUUGGAUGAUUGACAGGCUCACAAAUCAAAUGAAAGAAGGUUUAUUUAUUGCCCACAGUGAAACUGAAGAGAGCUCAAUAUAAAAAAGCUUCUGCAAAUCGGUUCAUUUUCCCGUUGGAUUGAAGCUUUAUUCUCGAAAGUUUCAGUUCUCUGCAACUUUUUUAUAAUGUAUGAGAAGAGUAAUUGAGGCCCAGGGAACUGUGCUAAUAAGGACCUCUACAGUUAAAUUUUGCUGAUCCUUACCAAGCUGCGACGCCGGUGUAAGGUUUGCCCCCACUGUUUGUCUGAGUUUAGUGAGCUUAGUCGUAUAUUAUUCAGGUUGAAGAGUUAUUUGUAGAGAUUGAAAAUUUUGAAUUUGUAGACUUAUAAAGGACAUGAUUUGUGUGAUCUAUAUUAUUGUAUUUAUCAAUGAUAUUUUAUGGUGAAAUUAAAACUGUGAUAACUGCUUGUUUGCCUAAUUGGUCA